GUAGAAUACAAAAUGGGAAACAUUGGCAACAACGUCGGUCAAAUCAAUCGGACCUGAGUUCAUCAAGGUCCAUUGUUAACAAUCUUGGCCACAGUUGACCCCCUUUCAUUUGAUGGAGGCAUGAUGUUUCUGCACUUCAAAAUCCGGCUUCUUCCCUCACUGGACCUGUAGAUCAAAGUCACCUUCAGCCACCGGAUGUCAGUGGUAAUCCAAGUGGAACCAACUUUGUGGUUCGAACUUCGGGAACCGAGGUUCGAGCCAAGGAGGUGAUCUUGGUCUCUCUGGCUUUCAUGCUUCUGGCCUUUUCGAUUUCUCUUUUCUUCAAACAUUGGAAGAAGAACUAUUGGGACAUCAACCAGCUCCCAUAUUAUGCUCAGUGUUAUGAGGAUGAGGAGAUUCCCCCUGGUCCAGCCCCCGGAGCAGUUCCAACUUUAAAGACCCAAGUGUCCACUUCGGGAAAUAAUGAACUAAUUGCCACCUUCCCCAAUCACGAGUCUGCCAGUUUAUUUGAUGUGGCUUGCUCUCUAUCCAGAACCCACUCCAUACGCCCAACUUUCAAGCACAAUCGCGCCCGAACCGUCUCAUCAUUUGGAGGAGCCCGAACGUCCGUCUCAAGGUCAAAAAUGACUAGAUUGGAAGGCCAGCAUGAUCUUGAAGAGGUCUUUGGACACAAAAGGGCCUUGUCGGAUGCCUCUUUCAAAGGCCACUCCACCCAAGUGGUGACCAAUCCCCAGUGCCAGCCGCUUCGACGAUGACACAGUGGGUACGCCCCGCAAGUGGGACGAUUGAGUCCCAGAUCCACAGGAAAUCUAUAUCAGUCCAAGAAACUCCGACGUAUUCUCUCCAGUUGUGAAGAGAUCCCCAGUGGAGUCAUUGAAUCGGGACAAACAGCUCAAGGGGAAGAGUUCAAGAUUGUUAUAGCCAGUGCCUCGCCCAGCUCCUUGUCCAAUGCCACGAUUCAUAAUGUAUGAUGAUGGAUUAGAUGUUUGAAAAAAAACACCUGGGUUUAAAAGAGGAAAACCAACGAGGGUCAUGGAAAUGGCAAAGUUUGGCGGAAUCGCCUUUUCCGUUAUUUGGUGGCACCGCACACGAGCCCAGGUGCAAAACUGUAUUUCAUCGAUUGGAAUCGUAAAGGCCGCCCGCUUUGAGAGUGUUUUGGCCAAGGCACCAAGAGAGCUUUCUAGUUCAUCACAAUCAAUAAAUCUCCCUUGCCACGAAACCACCGUCUAGAGUUGCUUAACAACGUGUUAUAUUCAAGAAAGUUCUACAAUUUAAAAGCUACCAAAAGCGUGUAGGUUCAAUUUUCUCAAAUAUUUUAUUGUUCACUUGGAUAUGUUCAUAGAGCAAUGUCGAAAAAAGAAAAAUAAACCGUUAUGGUAAACGUUAGAA